AUGCAGAGCCCUGAGGCAUCGGGCCCCGGUGCGCUCGCUGGCCUGCCCUCUACUCUCCAAUCGGUGAUAGCCACUCCGUCGACGUCACCGCUCGACCUCAUCCCCCAGGCGCAGACCAUCCCAGCCGCUACUCAGACUGCGGCUGCCUUCUCACAACGCCAAAUACAAGAAAGCCUGCAAAAUGUCAUCUCCAGUCUGUCCUCCUCGUCCGAUGCCGCCGGGCACGUCGUUGCCGCCAGUGACGACUCCUCCGGCUCGACCGGCAAAGGCAUCUUGAUAGGCAUCCUAUCGGCCUUUGGAUCGGCAGCGAUUGCAUUCGUGGUGCUUGCGAUCUUCUUUUUCUUCAAAUAUACCCGUCGCGGGCGGAUUAUGCUCGAUCGCAUUGGUCGCCCCGGUGAAUAUGACGAUGAACAAGCAUUUUUGCGGGAGGAAGAAGCGGCGCUGGAGACGAUGGAUGACUUGACGAGGUCAGAGUAUCUACGAGCGAAAGCUUUCGUCCAGGCCUAUCCUCCAGAAUCCAUGCAAACCGAUAUUUCGCUGUCGCAGUUCCUCGCUAUUCAAGAAAAGGGCGUAUCCGCUUGGGAAUUCCAACCAGAAUUAGAAAUUGCCAACUGUUUUGUGGAAGGACGCACGGAAAUUGAGUUCUUCGAUUCGGAGUGCAGCGUGCAGACCAACCUACCUCUUCCGAAACAAAACGAGGUCUAUUACUGGGAGGCCAAGAUCUAUGAUAAGCCAGAGUCGACAAUGAUCGGUAUCGGUCUGACGACUAAACCGUACCCUCUUUUCCGGAUGCCUGGCUUCCACAAAACAUCUGUUGCCUACGAAUCAACCGGCCACCGCCGACACAACCAACCAUUCACGCCGACCCCAUAUGGCCCACCACUCCACCAAGGCGAUGUUAUUGGCGUCGGCUACCGACCACGAUCGGGGACAAUCUUCUUUACUCGCAACGGCAAGAAGCUGGAAGACGUCGUCCACAAUUACCGCGCCCAAAAUCUGUUUCCCACAGUUGGAGCUAACGGCCCCUGCACAAUUCAUGUUAAUUUCGGCCAGAUGGGCUUCGUAUUCAUCGAAGCCAAUGUGAAGAAAUGGGGCCUCGCCCCCAUGACAGGCAGCCUCGCCCCGCCCCCACCCUAUGGCAGCGAGCAAGGCAGCAUUCUUCUCGAGUCUGGCCGGGAAAGCGCCGCUUCAAUUUCCCAGCGCGUUUAUCAAUCAUAUAAUGCUCGAAGUGCCGGUAUCGGGAUUCCUCAGGCCGUUAGUCCCGGUCCAAUUCGAUCUCCGACCGAUAUUUCCCUUGCCCAGCUGGCCCAUAUCCCAUCCAACGAGGAUGCUGGGGAGGGCUCCAGCCGCAUCGGAGUGGAUGGAGAAGAUGCCAGUACCCCCGUGGCUGGUCCUUUGGCGGGCGCUCCGGAGGAUCACGAGGCUCCACCUCCAGAGUAUUCAAGUCCGGGAGGCAGCCGCAGAGGUAGUGAUGCUUCUUUAGAGUUCCCUGCUCGAGGCUCCGGGGAAUCGAGCCCACCUCCGAAUGCUGAUACCGCCGAUCUUGGAUCUCAAAAUUUACCCAGCUAUCAAGCCGUGGUCGAUCGGGAUUUCAAUGAACGUCGAUAA